AUGGCCUCAACGACCGACGGCCGGAACUCUCCGUACGACAAGACGAUGUUGGGCCACCAGCGGGAGCUCAGUUCAUCCAAGGAGGCACCAGCAUUCCACCAGCGCUUCAAACGGCAUUUGACAAGCGAGAUUCGAGUCGAUCUUCUCGCCGAAACCGAGCUCCUAAUCCUCACUUUCUGUACGGGUAUUCAAGAUGCCACAACCUUUCCCGACUACCACUGCUUCGCCUCCAAUCAGACAGGAAACACAGUCAUGCUGGCAAUGGCUGUCCUGUUGCCCGAGGUGACCGGCGAACUGUUCGUGACACAAAACAUCGGGGUCGCCCUGGGAUUCUUCCUUGCUGCAGGAUGGGUGACGGGCCAACUAGGACACAUAAUAGGGCCCCGAUCGCGUCUUUGGAUCGUCUUCUGCAACCUCAUCCAGUCGCUACUUGUGUUCGUUGCCGCUGCCAUUCAGUUCGUAUACGGGGUCGACCUGGAAAGCGGAAGGACCAUGAUUGUCAUCGGGCUGUUGGCGUUCGCAGCUGGUAGCCAGGUCGUCCUCUCAAGAGCUUUAGCCAUCACCGAGAUCAGUACAGCAAUGGCAACAGCGGCUUGGGUAGAUCUCUUGGUCGACCCCAACCUCUUUGCUGCCAAAAAUCGACCUCGAAACCGCCGAGCCAGCUUCCUCGCUGCCAUUGUAGCGGGAGCUUUCUUCGGCGCAGGCAUCUACCGGAGUGCGGGUUCGGCAACGGCGGUCUUGCUGUCGGGUGUUGGCAAGCUCGUCGUGACUCUGAUGUUCUUGUUGAACAAGGCAGAGAGACUACAGAAGGUUGAAACCACCGUGUGA